GGACACGGACAAGAAAAGCGUUCCAGGAUUGUUACUUUGUAUCAGCUAGCGUUGCAACGAGAAGCUGGUCGCGUGUGAUUCCAAAAGCAACUUACGCAGUUGCAUGAGAAGGAAAUAUAUUUUGCAAUAGCUGACAGGCAGAAUUCAUGCCUCAAACGUUGUAGUGGUGAAGCUGCAGCUAAGCUAACUGUUGUAACAAGUCGUCUACAACCUUUUCUGUGGAACACUGGAAAUUAUGGCGAUGAUGCUCAAGCUGGUUAAAAUGUAGCCCACUGUUUGCUGCCUUUUCGCCUAGUUUCGCGUUGACAUGCCUCUUUCGGUUUGUCAACAGAUGAAAUAUGAAAUUCUUAUAUGCACAGGAGUUGUCUUACAAGAAAGAAUGUCUCAGGUAAAACUGGCCUAUUGAUAUUACAUCAAUAAUAGGCCUACGGGGCUGACGAUUUCACGUUUUCUUGCGUUAUUUUGGGGAAAACAACAGCCAUGUCUUUAGGAGUAAGCGAUUUCAUGACUGAUGAAGAGCUGGAUGAGUUGGUUGAAGAUGGUCUUUCCCACAUCACUUACGUCUCAGACAAGAACGUGCACAAGAAAAAGACCAUGAGUAAACCACCUCUCUCACCCAGAUCUCCAUAUCUGACGAGCCUCAGCCGCAAACCCAGAAGAUCUGUUACAACUGCCUGGAAAGCAACUCUUAGCCAGUCUCCUAUGAAGCCGGACUACGACUCCUCCCACAGCAGAGCCGCCAUGUCCAUGUCCUCCAUCAGCACGCCAGACUACCUGAAGGAUGCCCUCGGCAUGAACAAACCACGACACGCACGCUCUGCCACCAACGGCUACACCCCCGGAACCCCAGACUACAAGGAGAAGGAGGACAUGUACGAUGAGAUUAUGGAACUCAAGAAGACACUGCAGGCCCAUAAGGCGGAGGGUGACCAGAUGAGGGCCAAGGUGCGGAGGCUGGAGGAGGACAAGAUCAGGAAGGAGAAACAGAUGGAGCAGCUACUAGACCCCACCAAGGGUCCAGAGUAUACAAGGAGUCUGGUGGAUAAAAAGACGGAGGGGAAAUCGGUGGUGCAGGGCUUGAAGCAGAGGAACCUGAGGCUGGAGCAGCAGAACAGGGAGAAGGAGGAGGCACUGAGUAAACUGAAGAGUGAAUUAAAAACUACAAUCGUGGAGGAAAUGAAGAUCUCAAUGGAAACAUACUAUGAGGAAGUUCUGAGGCUCAGGGUUUUACUUGCAUCUGCAGAGAAAAGUAAUAAGGUGGAUGCAGCAGAGCACCGUAAGCAGGAGAAGGUGCUGCGUGCGACGGUGCUGAAGCUGACCAAGGACCUGAAGCAGCUGCAGGAGGAGAACACCAGACUGCAACAGGAGGCCGAGCAGGAGGCCAGCAUCAACGCAGAGACACGGCCAGCCAACAGAGCUAAAGGAUACAUCGAAUGGAGUAAGCAGAGGUUGGUGAGAAGACUUUUGGAUCUGGAGAGGAGACUAGAGGAGAAGAGACAUCGCCACUCCACCAAAGAUGCCACCACAACCAAAGCCCCCAGCGAGUCUCGCCUCAUCGCCACGACAACGGGGUCAGAGGUCACAGAGACUUCAGCGACAACACCUGUUGCUCGUGAGAUGGCAUCAACCACAUCCUCCGAAACGCACAUGGAGAGGCUGGGUGCUGCUGUUGGUGAUCGUGAGGGUGAUGGAGGAGGAGGUGGAGGUGGAGGUGGAGGUGGAAGUGGAGGGGAUCUGAGGCAGGAGUGUGUACGUCUGAGGGGCGUGGCCAGGAGACUGAGGGAGGAGCGGAACGCCCUGCAGGAAGCACUCAGCAAGAAAGAUGAGGAGGUGAGGCGUGCGUCUGCAGAGAGGGAGGAGGCGGAGCGGACACUAAGGGAACGAACCACCGACCAUGAGAGACAGGCCGAGAGUUACAGAGAGGAGAUUGAAAGUCUGUCUGCUAAAAUCAUAGACCUGGAGAAUCGGCUGAGACAGGCACAGGAUAGCAAUAGUAAUCAGACACAAGAGAAUCCUUCAUCACUGGAUCUACCAGCAUCAUCCUCAUCUUCAGUAGCAGUCGCGGCAGAAGAGCAGGCCAGAAGGGAAGAAGCAGCAAAAACUAUUCAAACACACUGGCAUAAACACCACCUCAGGGAUACUGUGUUGGUCCAGUCUGCACUGAGAGCUCACCUCUGCAGACAUAAGCAACUCUACGUUUACGCACUCAGGAAGAAGGCCUGCAAUAGUCACAGCAAUAACAACGCACAGAGUGGCCAAUCGGCGACAGCGGAGGGCCGCAGGGUUCCGUCGUGCUCCAGCUCCGGCUCCAGCGGCGUCCGUGGCGACGGUUUGGAGGAGGAGGAGGUGGCUCUGCUGCAGUCGGCGCUAAGAGCCCACCGGAGACGCCACCGUGCAACCACACAUGACAGGAAAUCAGGAUCUCCAGCUGCAGUGAAGGAGGCACUUCUUCCUCCUCCUCCUCCAUCUUCAUCACCGUCAUCGUCCUAA